CCCGCCUCCUGUGAAACUGACCAAUCACUGAGCAGUUUUCCUUUUUUUUCCUCCAAACCACACGAUCGAGUUGAGCUCAUCCCGAGCUCAUGAUGGAGGAGUGUCAGGACUUCUCUCUUCAUGGCAAAUCUGUUGUAGCUGAAGAUAAUCUGAGAGAUGAGUACUACUGGAAGCUCGUGGCGGAUUUUAUCGGCCCUCAGUCAGGGGAGGGGCUGGAUCUGGAUCAGGCGAAUUGCAAGAACAGACUCCUGAUCCAAGUGGGGCUUCUGAGAGAAGACAACAACUUCCCCUGGGUCGCCAUCACUAACUGGCUGAAGAAGAUCUUCCCCAGYCAUCAGUCGGCUGACUUCCGGCGCUUGAUCGAGCGGGGCAUCGUGACCACGCUGAGUCUCGGCGUGGACGCCAGGGUUUCCUUCCUGGAGUCGCGGGUCAACUUCAACUUCGUGGGUCCGAUUUGCGACAGCAUCGGAGUGGAGCGGCAGCACCUGCUGGAGCUGAGGGACUUCUCCGAGCGGGCGCAGUUAGUCGAGGUCACGAACGGGCUGAUCCUGGAGCUCAGCAACUUCGUCUCCAGGGAGAACAUCUCCCCCGUGGUCAUGGUCACCUGGCUGAAAAACUUCAACCCGCAGUUCUGCAAGAACGGCGACAUUCAGAAGGCCUACAGGAACCUCAAGUCCAAGAUCAAGAAGCUGAAAGUUCACUGCAGCAACUACGAAACAAGAAGCCACAGAAGGAACGCGGCCAUUGAAAACAUGCUUCAGAGUCCGUUUGAGCUGGUCUGCAAGAAAGAGCCGAAGCUGCUGAUGAAGAAGCGCCUGAAGAGGGACGACUACGAGAAGAUCACCAUCAAAGAGGAGAGCGAGAGCUUUGAGAUCUCUCAGGCUGAGGGCUCGGAGGUGGACCGAGAGCGGCGGCGGGARCGUUUGGAAAGUAACGACGAGAGCGAGACCGAGCUGAACGUGUCCGGCAUCGCGACGGAAAGUUUGUCCAACAAAGGAGAGUCUCUGGCUCUGCUGGACAUCGCCAUGCUGUCUGUCCAGAAGCUGUCCCGCGUUUACGGAGGGAACUCUGCAGCGUGCAAGCAGGUGUCCUUGGACCUGCUGAAGAACCACUACACCCUGACCUACAAGGAGCACCCGGCCAUGGAGGAGUUCGAGAAGAAGAUCAACGCGGUGCGAGAGCAGUUCCCCAUCGUGCCUCCUGUGGUCUUCUUAAACUACAACGCCAACUUCCUGGUGGCCCUGCACGACGCCAUCGAGCAGCAGAUCACCAGCUUUGAGAAGGACAUCAUCCUGUCCACUGGGGAGAAACUGGGCCGAGACAAGCUGCCCAACUUCAAGAACUUCAUCAGUUUGCCCGAAAGCGCCACCUGCCGUUACAUCCACAUGGCCUGCGAUGUCCUGAGCCCCCGCAGCCCCGUCAAACCCAACUACCGCAAACACUGGGUGGCCUUCUGCGAGGAGAAGGGGAACCCGUCCAAGCUGGCGGUGAACCAGUCCAACAGGUUCAACAACUACUUCGAAGCGGCGGCGGGUCUCAUCCACCACCACAAGGAGGUGGCGCUCUUCUUCUCGGACCUCCUGUCCAUGGCCAACGACGCGUGUCCURACAUCGUCCUGGAGAGCGUGGCGGCGGACGCCAACGACUCCAUGAUCCAGAGCUUCGUGUGCGUCCUGGCCAUCGUCUACUGCAAGGUGGUGGGUCCGUACUGGCAGCUCCUGAAGAGCGGGGGCGAGUACUCGUUCUACAACCAGUACCUGCUCUGCCUCUACCAGAAGUUCCUGGACUGGUCCAAGGAUCCCUCCAAUCUGCUGGAACCAGAGGAGUCUACCAACAUCUUCACGCAGUUCCCGCUGCAGGAACGGACCUUCAGUGGCAUCUUUAGUUUUUGUGGCCAGUGGCACACCAACCGGGACCUGAUCCGGGCCUGCCUGAAGAGGACCAUAAAGGUGAUCGCCGCCGUCACAGAGGAGCACCUGAAGGACUUCCUGCCCGGAGGAGUCUUUUCCAAAAUCCCCCCGGUGGACGUGUGCCUGCAGAUGGUGAGCUGCACCUUCUCCGUCCUGAUGGCAGAGUACCCCUUCGGCCACUCGUACUCCUACCAGAAGGCCAGACYUGAUGGUUCCUCAAACCAGAACCUGUCAGAAGACGACGACUCAGCCGAACCUUCUGACGACAGCUCUGAUGACCUCUCCAGGAAAGUAUCCCAGAUAGAGGAGGUCAGCCCCCAGGCGAAGAAAGUUCAGCGACGAGUGGAGGAGGAGGAGCCGGAGCUCAACAUGGAUCUGGACUACAUCGUAGCUACGGUGAGCCAGAACAGGGGGCCGUGUAAAACCCAGCAGGACGUGGACAAGCUGCUGCUGCUGCUGGAGGGGAAGCCGCGGUCAGUGAAGCAGGAGGCCAUCCGCUGUGAGAUGCUCUACCAGAAAAUGGUUCUGAACAACACGGACCCCCACCUGGAUCACGUUUACCUCAACAGCACACAGAUGGUGGGUAAGCUGAAGCUGGCCCUCCCGCGAAUAAAACCCGGCUUCUCUCUCGUGUUGGCGCCUAGAAAGACCAAACCCAAAGCUUUGGUCGCGGUCGCAGCCGAACCUUUGCCUGCUCCGAGUGAAGCCAGCGUCCCGACGGCAGCUGGAGAAGAAAGACCCAACACUUCCACAGGUGACCUGGUGGUCCCACCUGAGCAGAAACUCAGCUGAAGACCUGGACCUGUUCACACCAACACAACCGUCUGGUUUCUUCUAAACAUCUUUUAGGAAAUGUUCUGUUGGAAGGAUCUGACUUUACCUUUUUUACUGUAUUUUUCCCUGAAAAACAACUUUUCUUGUUGGUUCAUUUCUUCUGAUUUCUUCUGAUUCAAACGUUGAUCAUCAGGUUAAAAAUAAACACCUUUUUUGUUYGUA